AUGUCACCGCUGUAUUAUCAAAAACCUACCUUGUGCGCGGCCGGCAAAGAAGACGGUCUUCUUCAAUUCAACAACAGGGCCCUUGCAAAACCAGACUUGGAGUAUGAGAUGGUAACCGAUGAUCAUACAGUCAACACUAGUCCGCAGGGCCACCUGGACGAUAUUGGUACUUCUUCCACUGCUGUAGCCCAUUUCGAUGAGCCAAUGGUUGAAACACCAAGAGAAAUAACUAGUUUUAAUGAGCCGCUGAGAAACAACCCCAUUCUUUCAACGGCAAACACACCAAAUUCAGCCGGUAACUCUCCCAAUUAUCCUCCAUCACCAUGGCAGCAAGGAAUAGGUCGAUCACCAGACUUUCCAAAUAACUCGAAUGUCUACGUUGCCGCUCAUGACCACUCAUCUCCAUAUGGCCCACCCCAAGACCAGAGCAGAGAUCAUGCCCCUUCUCCCCGAUCAUAUCAGCCGUAUGGUACUUCUGAAACGCCUAGAUUUCCGCUGCGAGAUCCACAAGAGGCUUGCUUACUUCGGUAUUUUGUUGAAGAGCUUUCGCAUUGGCUUGAUCUCUGUGACGAGAGGAGACAUUUCCAACUCGUAGUUCCUAUCCGGGCACGACAGCAUCCACCACUGCUCUACGCCAUUUUUGCCCUUUCCGCACGACAUCUAACUCGUUUACCAAAGUACAGAACCCCACAGGGAAUCCUAUACCAAGGACAAUUGCUGCCAAAGCUUACGCCUCACGAUGCAGUGGAAUACACAUUGAAAUGCAUCCCUGCCCUCCGAGAUUUUCACACCAUCCACGAGGACGAGAAGCUCGAGAGUAUCAUAGCGACGGCUGUCAUCCUUCGGCAAUUGGAAGAGAUCGACGACGAAGAAGACGAGCAAGAAGAGCGGAACCAGAGACCGGACAGCGGAACUGAGGCGCCACGUGCAAAACCUCAGGUCAAUUUCCUAGCCAUCAUCGACGCCGUGCUCAGAAGCCCACCGUCGAGGACCCUCUUUGGCCGACGAUCACUUAUCCAAGCGGCAUAUUGGAUGGCGGUGCGCCAAGAGCUCUACCACUCUUUCACGAAGCGUCAGGCGCCCAAGAUGAUCCUUGACCCUGAGUACGGACACGGCGCGUCCAAGGCUAAUAAAAUUGUUCUUCACACGGCACAAGUCGCCAAAUGGCGUUGGGCUGACGGUUCGGAGCAAGAGUGGUUGCGACUGCAAAAGCACGGAGAGGUGCUCGAGGAAGAAGCGCUGAGGGAGUUUCAGCCGUUUUACGAGCGUGCGGCCAACAGGUCGAAUGGAGAGAUCUUCCCGACAAUCUGGUACUCGUCUGACCUGGAAGUGACAAGCAUGCAGCUAUGCAUCAUAGCGAAGAUGGUCCUCAUGGCAGAGAAUCCCUUCCUCGGGGGAAAUUCAUCGACGCGUGCACAGUGGAGGGAAAUAGAGAACCAAGUGCGUCAGAUGAUUCUCGAUUUAUGCGGUAUUGGUCUCUGCCACCCUGGAUGUCCUCCUGCUCUUGUGCAUGCGGCGUUUGGGAUGGAGUUGUAUGGGGAUUUCUUCACGGAUCAUUAUGAGCGCCAGGCACUGAGGGGCGUGGUUGAUAAGUUUCGAGAUGCGCGUGCUUGGCCAGUGCAGAACCUGUCCAAGAUCUUUGAGUGA